UACAGCUGGCGCGUUAUUAAAAAUGUUUUAGUGUCAAGGGAAUAUACCAUUGUUUAAAUGGGCUAUCGCUGUACGAUUACUCAUCGCCAAUAUUUUAUGGUGGCUUACAUCUGUAUAUGCAAAAGCAUUAUCAAGACUAUAAAAUAAGUUUAUGGUCAAUCAUUUACUUUCUUCGCUGCUGAUCAGACAUGAUCUCAAGAGUGCUUACACUGUUAAGUCGUGAAUGAAAGUUACUUUUCUAAAUUUGCACAAGGCUGUGUGUUUAUUGAGUAAGCAAACAUUUUUCCAUUUACACUGUCCACCGAAGUGUCGUGAAAUAACAUACUGCCGGCUGUUGAAGCCUCGCAUUAGCACGCGAGUCUUGGAUUAGUAAAGAUCAAUGGACCCUAACUCUCUCACAGACAAGCAAAAAAAAGAGAUUCAGAAGGCCUAUGCCAUGCACGUGACUCCCGAGAGACCUGGUAUCUCCCAGGUAGAGGCUCGUACCGCCCUCUUCUCCCUCGGCCUCAACCCAACACACAUCGAUGUGGCCAAGUUCUGGUCCGACCAGGAUAAACCCGAUGACGGCUUACUUGAUCUCGAGGGGUUCGUGUGCCUGCGCUGCACCCUGGAUGAAGACCCCAGACAGACCCUUCGCUGGGCCUUCAACCAGUUCGACACCAAUGGGGACGGUGUCAUUGACAAAAAAGAACUGAAACGCAUACUUGUUACCAUCUAUGACGACAAGCUUGGCGACUUGGUAGACGAGGAGUUCGUGGAUGAUUGUCUCAAAAUGGCGGACGUGAACGGCGACGGCGUUCUCCAAAUAGAAGAGUUUGUGGACAUGCUGAUGGUGAGGACGGGAAAGGACGGGAGUUCAGCGACAUCUUCCCCUGUCACGUGACUCUAUAUCUGAUUUGAUAUAGCCAUAUUUAUUGUUUGUGGACAACACGGUGGCUCGAGCAGUUUAGUUUGGUGGACCAUUAGAAUACUUUUUUUGUUGUGUGUCUAUUUCCGAUAUAGUUAGUUGCCAGAUAAGCAGAUGAUAACAACUACAUGUAGACAAUUAAGGUACAUGUACAUUAAUUUACUUGUCUUAAUUAUACGUGUAUUCUGUACUAAGUGUCGUCACAAAUAAGCAAGAGCAGUCCGCACAGGCUAAUCGUCGGCGACACUUUUCGCUUGAAUGGAUGUUUUAGUUUUAAUGAAGUGUCUUUUUAACGAAAACCAAAACCUAUUUAUGCACCAAGGCCUGUUUCUCAGCGCGAGGUUCGAUGGAAUAACACUGAACUACCUACUCGUGAUAUUGAAUUCACUCCGUAAUCGGGUAAUGAAACAACGGUGCGGAAAGAUCGCCAGCGGAUGCCAGAUUAAAUGAAGAACAGACACAGAAAGUACCAAGACUUGUAUGACUUCAAGAUGUGUCCGUACUUUGCCAAUUUGUUAGGAAACCUCGCUUUUUUAAUAUUUGAUAAAGUAAUGUGGAUUUAUUCUGCCCUCCUUAAAUGUGAAUUGAUAUGAAAUUAGAAAUCAAACGGAGGGACAAAGCUAACACUUAAUGCGUAUUGACGCCGAGAAUUAUACACCCAUAACGUUUAAUAAUAAGAAUAAACAAGCCGCGCGACCUCUACAGGCACGUUUGAAUCAUUUAUUAACAUUUCGGCAUCA